AUGCCAUUCUUAUAUGAUCCAGAAGAUAGCGAUUUUGAUGUCGGAGAAUAUGCCAGCUCCUGGUCGCAUCCAGAACCCGACAUAGGCCCUGGAUCGAAUAGCUCAAGAGUCACUCACGGCAGUGAUCUUACGACCACAGCAUUCCCAUCAAGCGCGCAAACAUAUCGACCAGCGGAUAAUGGUCCCUUCCCAACAACCUCCGUACAAGAUCCACGUCAAGUUGCCACCACACUUGCAAGCAUUAUCCGACUAAUACUCGAUACCACAAGCGCAACAUCUCAGCAGCCAAACCAGAUCAAUCUGCUGGUAGCCCAUCCACCGACGCAGAGCUUGGGCACCACAGAAGACAGACGAACUAUCAUCGACGCCACAGGGCAAACAUCUCGUCAGCCAAUGCAGGUGACGCCAACGACAGUGGACUCACCAAGGUUGACAUCCAGAACUGUGGGACGCGCUACAGCCCCGAUGGGCAGGCGUAGGAGAACACCCUUGGCCGAAGGUAAUGCGUCUACCCAAAGAGAGCAGUACCAAAAUGCUAGGUCACAGCUUGUUAUCGAAAGAUGGCUCAUAAGAAGCGGACGGCUAGCACAACUCGAAGCUGAACGAAUUAGCGGCGGGAACAGCAGCGCUGAACAUCGGAGAGAGGAGACUGAUGGGGCCAGGACUGCUGAUGAGGUCGAACAAUCAACUGCGAGGGAAUGA